GUCUUCAUUUUCCUUUUUCCCCUUAAUUCCCCCAAUUUUUUUUUCUUUUUUUUCUUUUUUUUAAUUCCUACUUUCAUCAUAAAACAUUUAUUUAAUUUUGGAAAAUAAAGAGAAAAAGAAAAGGUUGGACUGGAUUGGGCUGGUUAUAAGGAAAGCAAUUUCUUUCCCUUAAAAAAGAAAUGUAUGCUUUUUAAAACCCUUUCUCCCUCCCCUUAUAAUUCCCACUCAUUAUCUUUGUUGCUUAAAGUUUCCCAUUCUUUCCUUCUCUUCUCCUAUCUUCUUCCUCUUCUCAUCAUCAACAUCAACAUAUAACAUAUAACAGAGAAAUUUUUGUUUGUCCCAAAUUUUAGACAAAUGACAGACCCACCAUUAUUUAAUUAAAACCCCUCACUCACUCACUCACACUUCUCUUCUUUUUCUUUUUUCUUUUCUUUCACAUUUUUCUUUUUAAUUUUGAAAUUUUCUUCAUGCGAUCAUGGAAGGAGGUGAUGAACUUCACCACCAUCACCACCACCAACAGAACCACCACCAACACCACCACCGUCCUACUUUUCCAUUUCAAUUACUCGAAAAGAAAGAUGACGAUGCCGCUUCUUGCUCCACUUCUCCAUACCCUUCUCUCGCCAUCUCCGCCGACACCACCCCCCCUACAACCACUGCGAUUGUCAUUUCUGCGGCAGAGCCCUCCAAGAAGCCACCUCCAAAGAGAACCUCCACGAAAGACCGUCACACCAAAGUCGAUGGCCGUGGCCGUCGUAUCCGAAUGCCGGCCUUAUGUGCGGCUAGGGUAUUUCAACUCACUCGAGAAUUAGGCCAUAAGUCCGACGGUGAAACCAUCGAGUGGCUCCUCCAACAGGCGGAACCCGCCGUGAUUGCCGCCACUGGAACCGGUACAAUCCCGGCUAAUUUCACAUCGCUUAACAUCUCAUUACGUAGCUCUGGCUCCAGUUUGUCCGUCCCUUCGCAGCUCCGAUCCUCCUCUUAUUACAACCCGAAUUUCUCCCUUCAUCAACAACGUCGAACCCUCUUCCCUGGAUUCGGCCUCUCGUCGGAAACCUCCUCCACCGCUCUCCUCAAUUUCCAGUCAACCAACAUCGGAAACUCCCUCCUCCAAGCCAAACCCGAACUCAGAGACACUACCUCUUCAUUCGACCUCUCCGAAGCGGCGGAGGAAAUCAGUAUAGGCCGGAAGAGAAGACCGUCGACGGAGCAGGAGUUGUCGUCGUCGUCAUCCCAGCAUCAAAUGGGAGGAUAUCUGUUGCAGACAAGUGCAGGGACGAUUCCGGCAAGUCACGGAGGAGCUCAGGUUCCGGCGAAUUUUUGGAUGCUUACGAAUCCGAAUAACCAAGUGAUGGGGGGUGAUCCGAUAUGGACGUUUCCGUCGGUUAAUAACAGCGGCUUGUACAGAGGAACGAUGUCGAGUGGGUUACAUUUCAUGAACUUCCCGGCACCGGUGGCUUUGGUUCCAGGUCAGCAAUUCGGGUCCGGCACCGGCGGAGGGAAUAAUAGUUCCAGUGAGGGACACUUGAAUAUACUUGCAGGGCUAAAUCCAUAUCGGUCGGUGUCAAGCUCCGGCGUAUUGGAACCACAAGGAAGUGGGUCGCACUCACAUCACGGCGGCGGUGGAAGUAACGGCGGUGGAGAUGAUCGGCAAUGAUACAGCCAGCCACCACUCGUAGCAAAACGGAAACGGUCGAUCGUCGCCGCUCCACUCACAUGUGUGGUCGUUUGAUGUGUGGAAACACACGUGAGGUUUGAUUUUCCAUUGAGAAAAUUUAAAAAAAAAUCGAGUUUCUUUUUUCUUUUCUCCUUUCUUUCUUUUUUGGGCUAAAAUUAUUUUUUUUCGUGUGAUUAAUAAAUACUGGAGGUUUUUUUAAGGGUGUGAUGAAUGAGAGAGAGAGAGAGAGAGAGAAAGUAUCAUCUUCACAUAUUUAUGGCGAGGAAAAAGAAAAAGAAAAAGAAAAAAAAAAAGCAACCCAUUUGAGUUUUUUUUUUUUUUACUGCAACAUUAUUAUAUUAAUCUUUGACAAAGUUUAAUUAUUAUUAUUGUUGUUUAUUGUUUGUUAUAAGUUUUGUGACAUAGAUUUGCACAGUAAUUGGGAGAGUUUUUGAGAGUUUCCUACCUAACCAACAUAAAAAAAGAAUAAGGAAGUGAUAGGAAUGAAACAGUAAGUGGAAGAAUGAUUAAGGUUAACGUGUUAUUAUUAUGGGGAUUAAUACUUAAAUGGUGGGGGAGGGGGUGGGGCCCUAAUCUUAUCAGUUCCAGGUGUUCGCUCAGGUGGGUGGGUCCCACUUGCUGCUGCCUUGCCUAAACCAAUGUACAAUGUCACUGACAAACAGGUGGAUCAUUCUCUCUUCUUCCUUUUUUUUUUUUUUAAUUAUUAUUUUUUAAUUUAAAAUUUUAUUGGAGGAAAUUUGGAAUCAGUGGUGGGGUUUUAGGUUUUAGGGUUUUGAUGAUCCCCACCGGAUCAUUUUAUCUGUACCGUUCAUUUCAAAAAAAAAAAAAAAAAAUGGGCCCAUCUCCUUUUUCUUUUACACAUGAUUGAGUGAGUCUGGUUUUCUCUUAAAAAAAAAAAGAAAAAAAAGAAAGAAAAAGGAAAAGGAAAAGAGGAAGAAAGGAAAAUGGAAUCUGAAGAAGAGGUAGAGGGUAAAUUAAAUGUAAAAAAAUAAUUAAAAAGAAUUAUAAUGAAAUUAAAUGGUGGAUAGGUAAUAUUUGUGGGUUUUGUUUUUGUGUCAGAAGAGAAGAAAGAGGAUAUGAUUAUUGGUCAUUUGUGAUUACUGAUUGGGUGUCCCAAAAUCUGCCUCUUUCUGUUAUCAAUUUUUUACCUAAAUAAUUGAUGAUAUGCUCUGCCCUCUCCUCUACGCCUUUACUCUUUUACCAAAACGCCCACCAACGUUUCUUUUUUCUUUUCUAUUCUCUCUUUAUUAACUAACUCUGGAUUUCAGUGCUCUACUCUAAACCCUAUAUUUUCAAAUCUCACUUUUUUUUUUUUUUAAUUAUUAUUUUAAAUUUCUUAUCCAUUCAUUCAUUUUUCAUAAAUAUGAUAGCUAAGUAGGUGAUUAAAAAUGUAUGUAUUUUUUCUUUAAAAAAAAUUAUCAUAUUAGGGAUUUGUUUGAAUGUAGUUUCAACUUUGAUUAAAGAGUGUUUGGCUCUAUGGUAUUGUUGGUAGAUUAACAAGCUUUCUUGCAGUUAACCGUUUACAAUAUAUAUAUAUAUAUAUAUUUUUAAUGAUGGUUUCAAUGUUUUUCUUUUCUCUCACAUUUUUAUAUAAAUAAUUUUUUUAAAAUCAAAAUAUGAAUUGAGACUAGACUUUAUGUUGUAGUCAUCGUUUGCAACUUUCAAUUUUUAUAUGAUUGGCUUGUUCACUAUUGGAUUAGAGUAAGUACUGCACAUCGCCUAUCUUGAGUUAGAAAGUUAUAAGUGAAAAAGGGUAAGUAUAAAAAUAAUAAAGUCUAUUGUUUUAUAUAUUCAAAAACCCAAAUUCAUAAAUUUCAUAGAUAGAGUAUCUACAUAAGAAAGCAGUUAUCAUUUUACUGGAAGUGAUGACAUUAUAGAAAAUGUAUAGUUGUAACAUCUACCUGUAUGCAUACAACUAUAUAUAAAAGGGAAGGGACAAUGGUGGGAAAUUUUUAAAUUUUUUUAUACUAAA